AGCUACAGCGGCGGCGGUGGGACGAUGAGCGCGGAGCGGGACCUGUCGCCGCUGGCGCCUGGCGUGGUGCGGGCGCUGAACGACAAGUUGUACGAGAAGAGGAAGGUGGCGGCGCUCGAGAUCGAGAAGCUGGUGCGAGAGUUUGUAGCUCAGGCCAAGACGUCUCAAAUCAAACACGUGAUCCAGAUCCUGUCACAGGAGUUUGCACUCUCCCUGCACCCCCACAGCCGGAAAGGAGGACUCAUUGGCCUGGCUGCCUGCUCCAUUGCCCUGGGCAAGGACUCUGGUCUUUACCUGAAGGAGCUGAUUGAGCCGGUGCUGACAUGUUUCAACGAUGCCGAUAGUCGGCUGCGGUACUACGCCUGCGAGGCUCUCUAUAACAUUGUGAAGGUGGCCAGGGGCUCUGUCCUCCCACACUUCGACGUGCUCUUCGAUGGCCUUAGCAGGCUGGCUGCUGAUCCUGACCCGAACGUCAAAAGCGGUUCCGAGCUCCUUGAUCGCCUUCUUAAGGACAUUGUGACAGAGAGCAACCAGUUUGACUUGGUAGGCUUCAUCCCACUGCUGCGUGAGAGGAUUUACUCCAACAACCAGUAUGCCCGCCAGUUCAUCAUAUCCUGGAUCCUGGUCUUGGAGUCUGUGCCUGACAUCAACCUCUUGGAUUACCUCCCGGAAAUCCUGGAUGGGCUUUUCCAGAUCCUGGGAGACAACAAUAAGGAGAUACGGAAAAUGUGUGAGAUGGCUCUGGGGGAGUUCCUCAAGGAGAUCAAGAAGAAUCCCUCCAGUGUCAAGUUUGCAGAAAUGGCCAAUAUCCUUGUGAUCCACUGCCAGGCAGCAGAUGACCUGAUCCAGCUGACGGCUAUGUGCUGGAUGAGGGAGUUCAUCCAGCUGGCUGGCCGGGUGAUGCUGCCUUACUCCUCAGGGAUCCUGACCGCUGUGCUGCCAUGUCUCUCCUACGAUGAUCGCAAGAAGAACAUCAAGCAGGUGGCGAAUGUGUGUAACCAGAGCUUGAUGAAGCUGGUCAUCCCAGAGGAUGAUGAAAUGGAUGAAGCCAGGCAGUCGUCAAUCCUGUUGGCAGAGCCCAUCUCAGAUGAGUUCGUUUCCAAGCCAGAGGCAUCAUCCAGUGGCUUUCUGGAUGUAGCCAGUGACUCCAGCUUCAGCGACAGUGUGUUGACAGUAACCAGCUGCGAGAGGAUCCAGGUGACCCUGAACCUGGAUGGAAUAGUUCAGGUGCUAGACUGCCACCUUCAUGACACGUCCAUUGGGAUGAUGACCAGAAUUGCAGUCCUGAAAUGGCUCUACCACUUGUACAUCAAGACUCCUCGUAAGAUGUUCCGACACACCGACAGCCUCCUCCCCAACUUGUUGCGGACCCUCUCAGAUGAGUCGGAUGAGGUAAUCCUGAAGGACCUGGAAGUGCUGGCUGAGAUUGCUUCUUCCCCAGCGGGACAGACAGAGGGUCAUGGUCCCUCUGACAGCUCCGAUGCACAUCCCAACCUGGUGGAGCUUCAGGUCCCAGACAGGGCUGGCCAGCUGAGCUCCUCUGACCAAGAUGCCAUGGGAGCUGGCAGUGGGAGGAGAGCUGCUGAGCUGUGUCAGGUCGUCUCCUCUCCGACCUCUGAGGCCCAUCCAAGUGUGCAGUUGGUAAACAAGCAUGGACACCCCUUAAAAUCCUUGAGCUCGCAGGAGGAUUCCAUGCCGCACUCUCCAUCUCGGCACUCCAGGCUUUGCCACCCAAGCGCUGAGGGCAGGAGAGAAGGUAUGAAAGGCUUGGAGUGCUCGCCCUCCACUCCCACCAUGAACUCCUACUUUCACAAGUUCAUGAUCAACCUGCUCAAGCGCUUUAGCAGCGAACGGAAACUCCUGGAGACCAGAGGACCUUUCAUUAUCAGGCAGCUCUGUCUACUUCUGAAUGCAGAAAACAUCUUCCACUCCAUGGCAGACAUACUUCUUCGGGAAGAAGACCUCAAGUUUGCCUCUACCAUGGUCCACACCCUGAACACUAUCCUGCUGACGUCCUCCGAGCUCUUCCAGCUAAGGAACCAACUGAAGGAAUUGAAGACCCCGGAAAGCUGUAACCUCUUCUGCUGCCUGUACCGGUCCUGGUGUCACAACCCUGUGACAACCGUGUCCCUCUGCUUCCUCACCCAGAACUACAAGCAUGCCUACGACCUCAUCCAGAAAUUCGGGGAUCUGGAUGUCACUGUGGAUUUCCUCACCGAGGUGGACAAGCUGGUGCAGCUCAUCGAGUGCCCAAUAUUCACAUACCUCCGACUGCAGAUGCUGGACGUGAAGAAGAACCCCUACCUGAUCAAGGCUCUCUAUGGCCUGCUGAUGCUGCUGCCCCAGAGCAGCGCCUUCCAGCUCCUCUCCCACCGCCUGCAGUGCGUGCCCAACCCCGAGCUCUUGCAGAUGGACAGCACCAAAGCAACCACUGGCCUCAGGGGGACAUCAGUGUCCAACAUCGACUACACAGAGCUGCUGCAACACUUUGAGAAGGUCCAAAACAAGCACCUAGAAGCACGACACCAGCGAGCCGGGCGGGCAGAGCAGUUGGACCGGCGGGUGGUCCUCUGAGCAUCCCUGCCAUAGCCACGGGGGUGCUCAGAGGGAUUGGGACAGGGACCAGGGGACACAGAUCAGGGGAUGGGGACACCAGUUGCUGGGUACUGGAGGAUCUGGUGGGUUUAAUGGCAGAGGGAGAUGGGCGAGCACUCAGUGCGGGGCUGGUUUUCCUAACCGCUGUGUGUGUGGAUGGUGGGGGACAUGGUGGGGGACACUCAGGCUGUGCCUGGCUUCUCCCAUGAGUGACACAGGGAUGUGGGGAUAGGUUGCAGCAGGAGAGGGCCAGGGAAAAGCACCUCAUCUCGUGCAAUAGGAGGAAACUCCCCUUUGCUUUGCUAAUGCCUUCCCAGUGAGUGUCAGCUGAACACCCAGCCUCCUGCCAGCAAGACCAGAGGAAAAGGAAGAUGGGAGCAAGCCCUGGCCUCUCACCCUGGAAAAUUAGCACAAGGGCCCACUGGCCAUCUCUCGCCAGCCCAACUUCCACCUUCCUGCUCUGAGGCAGUGCUGGAGGCUGCUGGCAGCAUCUCACCCAGGGACUCUUAGAUCUGUGUGUGGCACUCGGUCCCCUCCCUGCAUCACGCACCCUCUCCAACCCCCCAGCUCUUGGCACAGAUGAUGGCACAGCCUUAACUCCCAGGGAACAGCGGAGACCCCCACUGCACACAGCCCAAGACUCGAUUCAUUGUUCCUACAUUAAGCUCCCCACGAUCAAAUAAACGAGCAAUGCAGA